AUGACCCGAUUGCUGAGCAUUAUCGUGUCUGGCCUGGGGUUGGUAGCCGUGGUGAAGUCCCAGAACUUCAGUGCUCCGGCAUGCACGGAGUCUUACUAUAACUGGGCAAACAACAGUCUGCACCAGGAUGCGUGUACGAUGGCCGCCAACGCGCUCGCGGCUUGCGAUGGAGGAGAGAUCACCAUAACGGCCCUGAUGCCUGGAAACGAAUAUAGUGGGCCCCAGAGUGCUGUCGAGGGCACGGAUGCGUGCAAAUGCAACACCGUGAGCUACUCGCUCAUCAGCGCAUGCGCAGGAUGUCAAGGUGGCGAGUGGAUACCGUACAAUUUAUUUGUGACCAACUGCUCUUCAGCAUACGCUAACUUUUCUCGCGGCCAGUAUGCUCCUAACGUUGAGAUACCGGCGGGCACCGCAUUCCCGGCUUGGGCUUAUGAUCCGCUUGGGGCAAAUACGUUCAACAACGCGACGGCCUACGAUAUCUUCCUCCAUAACACGACCGAAUUCACGAGCACCGGCACAAGCAACACGAAUGGGACGACACCGAGCUCGACAUCAAACUCCUCGCACAAGUCUCAUGCGGGCGCCAUUGCCGGUGGUGUAGUGGGCGGCGUAGUCGGCCUGGCGCUUAUCGCAGGAUUAGUGGCGUUCUUCCUCAUCCGCCGUCGCCGCCGUACCCGCGAUAGCACCAUCAGCGAGAGGCCGUACACGGGUGGCGCGCGUGGGCCAUUGUCCCCAACCACUUCUGAGAUGAAGUCGCCUCCUCGUCUCUACAACCCCUCUGACCCCAGUACCUUCCCCGAUGCCAUGUUUGAUGGCAGUCGUACCGUGGGCGGUAGCAGCGUUGCCAUGUCUAGCCCGCCUCCAGGGUCUACCACCAACGUCACCACCAAUGGGCAUCACGCAAACAUGCCGUCAUGGGGCAGUACCGAGGUCGGUAGCACUGAGAAGGGGCACUAUCAUCCCGGAUUGCCCGAGCUGUAA